AUGCAAAGGAGCUCCAGGAAAGCUGAAACAAUGAAAAGUCAGGCACUGUUUCUCUUCCUGCUGUCUUUGUUGUGCACGGUCAUCUCCCAGCAGAUUCAGUAUGAGAUUCCAGAGGAGCUGGCCAGGGGCUCGAGGAUGGGGAACCUCACUAAGGAUCUGAGGCUCAAUGUCCAGGAGUUUCCAGCUCGAAAAUUGUAGGUUAGUGCAGAGGAUUUUUUCAAUGUGAGUGCAGAGAGAGGGGAUUUGUUAGUGAGCAGUAGGAUAGAUAGAGAGAUUUGCGGGAGGAAAUCUGAGCGUGCACUGGAAUUUGAAAUAGUCGCUGAAAAUCCAAUGAAUGUGUUCCACGUGAUUGUUGCAAUCCAAGAUAUUAAGGACAAUGCACCAUAUUUCAUUGCAAAAGACAUUAACUUAGAAAUCUGUGAGUUGGCCUCACCAGGGGUAAAAUUCCCUCUGGAUUCUGCACAAGAUGCAGAUACAGAAAGUAACUCACUGAAGAUUUAUACCAUCAACUCCAAUGAACACUUCUGUCUGUCAACUAAGGAAAGUCCUGAUGGAAGUAAAUACCCAAAAUUACUGCUGGAAAAAUCACUGGGAAGAGAACAGCAGAACUCCCACCACUUAGUCCUAACUGCCACGAUGGGCGGGGGGAACCCUCCUCGAAGAGGCACCACCCAGAUCUGGAUCCAUGUCACUGAUGCCAACGAUAGUGCUCCAGUGUUCAGCCAGGACACAUAAAGAGCUAGACUCCAAGAAAACAUGGCCCAGGGAACCUCUGCGCUAAGGGUGAAGGCCACCAACCAGGAUGAGGGCAUUAAUGCAGAAAUCACCUAUGCCUUCCUUAAUGCCCCAACAAGCAGCAGCCUUCUCUUCAAUCUCAGUCCAUAUAUAGGUGACAUCACAACCAAUGGUACAUUAGACUUUGAAGAGACAAGCAGAUAUAUGUUGGCUAUAGAAGCCAAAGAUGGAGGAGUACACAUGGCUCGCUGCAAUGUUGAGAUUGACAUCGUUGAUGAGAAUAACAGUGCCCCAGAGGUGACAUUCACGUCCUUUUCAAAAUGGAUUCCUGAAGACACAGACCCUGGAACCAUAAUAGCCCUCAUUAAAGUGUGAGACCAAGAUUCUGGGCAAAACGGUCUGGUGACAUGCUAUAUUCAGGAAGAAGUUCCUUUCAAAUUAGAAUCCACCUCCAAGAAUUAUUACAAACCGAUGAUUGAUAGUGCUCUAGACCGGGAGCAGAUGGCAGAGUACAAUGUCAGCAUCAUAGCAACUGACAAGGGCGAACCAUCCCUAUCCUUCAGUACAACCGUCACCACACACAUGAGUGAGAUAAACGACAACGCUGCCGUUUUCCACCAGGUCUCCUCCCUGGUCCAUGUGCCAGAAAACAACCCACCCCGGGCCCCCAUCGCCCAAGUGAGCGCCUCCGAUCCCGACCUGGGACCAAACGGCCAAGUCUCCUACUCCAUCGUGGCCAGCGACCUGGAGCCGCGGACGCUGUCGUCCUACGUGUCCGUGAGCUCACAGAGCGGGGUGGUGUUCGCGCAGCGCGCCUUCGACCACGAGCAGCUGCGCGCCUUCGAGCUGACGCUGCAGGCCCGCGACCAGGGCUCGCCCGCGCUCAGCGCCAACGUGAGCCUGCGCGUGUUGGUGGGCGACCGCAACGACAACGCGCCUAGGGUGCUGUACCCGACGCUGGGGCCCGACGGCUCGGCGCUCUUCGACACGGUGCCGCGCGCCGCGCAGCCCGGCUACCUGGUCACCAAGGUGGUGGCGGUGGACGCGGACUCGGGACACAACGCCUGGCUGUCCUACCACGUGCUGCAGGCCAGCGAGCCCGGACUGUUCAGCCUGGGGCUGCGCACGGGCGAGGUGCGCACCGCGCGCGCCUUGAGCGAGAGGGACGCUGCCCGCCAGCGCCUGCUGGUCGCUGUGCGCGAUGGGGGACAGCCACCCCUCUCGGCCACAGCUACGCUGCUCCUGGUCUUCGCUGACAGCCUACAAGAGGCUCUGCCAGACUUCAGCGACCGCCCUGCUCUCUCUGACCCCCAGGCUGAGCUGCAGUUUUACCUGGUGGUGGCCUUGGCCUUGAUUUCAGUGCUCUUCCUCCUCGCGGUGAUUCUGGCGGUUGCCCUGCGCCUGCGACGCUCCUCCAACCCGGCCGCCUGAAGUUGCUUUCAUCCUGGCCUCAGUUCCAAGUCUGGACCUGUGUUUCUCUCCAAUUACAGUGAGGGAACAUUGCCCUGUUCCUACAAUCUGUGUGUUGCCUCACAAUCAGCUAAGACAGAGUUUAAUUUUAUCAACGUGACCCCAGAAGUGGCUCCCCCUCGGCAUCUCCUGUGUGAAGCUCCUUCUAUGGAUGUAUGUGCCAGGAAGGAAAACGCCCAAGUCGCUUAUGACUCCUUUUUUUCCCUCUGCAAAUCUACUUAA